AAAAAGUAUUUUGAGUCAAGUUUGUUUAAUACAUAAAACAUUGUUUGAACAUUAAAACAAGAUGCUGUUAUCGCAGAUUGUGAUUAUCGUUUUAUGCUUUCCCUUUAUUUAUACAGAUGAUGACCACAUAAUUCUUCCACCGGAUAUCGAGCAUAAGGGCCCGCCUGUUUGUACGUCCUCGGGAAGUUUAUGUGGGAUAGAUUAUCGAUAUGUUACAGAAAACGAUAUUCCUAUCGAUAUUUUAAACAGUGAGAAGGAAAUAUGCCAGUGUCCGGAAAACAUAACAUGUUCAAGUGGACAUGAAUGGGAAAAUAUGACAAACUCUUUAGUGUACAGGCUUUUUACAAACGGUGGUCAAAAAUUACUGGUUAAGAUCAGUUAUUGCCAACUACCGAAGAAGCCAAAACGACGAUGUGGGUUCAACCAACCGGUUCUUGUCAGUAGAGGGCGUGGUAUGUUUAUGUUUGACAUGGUCGGUGACAUGAAAUGCCUCUGCACAAAACGACCUCUGGUGCCAAGGUCAGACUGGAUGGAAGGGACGUACGAUUAUGUUGAAUACGGCUGUGGACAGCCAAGGUGCGCCGUGUUGAAUACCGACGUUUGCUCGGAAGUUAAACAAGUUGGACGUGACCUACGAUCUCGAUACUUCUGCCGAUGUAAAAGUUAUGAAAUGUGUACUGGGGAAAUACCGAUGGAAGAUGGUCAGUCGGUGUUUCACACGUGCCAGCUGAUGCAUUAAACAAUAUCUCAAGUUUCUACAAAGAUAUAUUGUAGCGAAAAUUUGAGUGAAAGUUCGCGUGAAUGAACAUUUUACAACAUACUCUAAAUAUUUUCAAAAAUGUGCAAUCAUUUUAGAUAAAGUAUUGAUUUUAGUUUUGAAAUUACAUUUAAAGCUGCAAGCCUCCAGAUAAGCCAAAAUAUUUCAAGAAAAUCAAACUUGAAAAAAAAAAAAAAAAGAUUUUAAGAAAAGUUCAAAGAUUCAUGUAAUGAUUUACAUGUUAUGAGCGAUGUUGACUAAGUGUGCAGUAUAUAUCACGAUACACGUAUUUCUACUGCGUGGCUAACGCAUUGAGGGCUAUUUUUGCAUAUUUUGACCUCUUUUUUGUAAUUUAAUUUGGAUUUUAAAUGCCGUUGGCAAUAAGUAAAUUACUUUCUUUGUUCAUUUCACCAAUAUUUUACUUUUGAAUACAUUUUCAAAAUUUUCAUGAAGAUAAACAUGAUUCUGGAGGCAUGCUGCUAAAAACUCCGUAAAAUGCAAAAAAUGGUAACUUUAAACCCAUCUGCAUGUACCUUGAUGGGUCCGGGUCAUUUAUAUUCUGUGACAAAUUUUGAAAAAAUCUUUAUUUACUACAAAUGGCUCACUUUAUGUUCAGUUGUUGAUACAUUUUUUUUACUAUUUUACUAUUACAUUCUUUAAAACG